GCGUCAUUGACACGUCAUUAUAUGGUUUGUCUUGGUUUGUUUACUUCUGAUUACCUUUUGUGUACAUGAAAUACUUAUAUAAAAAUACUCAACAAUUCUUUUAUUAGAUUAUUUGCUAGUAAAUUAGUGUAUCCAAUAUCUACCUAUCGUCUUCCAAUACAUUUUGUUGUAAAGAGGAUUUAAUUACACUUUUUUUCUGUAAAUCGGUGAAAAUGUCUGGAUAUCCAGGACAAACCCCAAUUAAUCCAACACCAACUCAACCUGGUUAUUAUGCUCCACCAACUGGACAGCCAGGCUAUCCUGGUAUUAACCAGGGUCCAUAUCCUAUUGGAUUCAAUCCAUACCCAAAUCAACCAGGGCAACCUGCACCUAAUAAUCCUCCACCCAGUGCAAUGUCAUAUCCUGCUGUACCACAACCAUCGGCACCUGGAUAUGCUUACCCUGGCUAUCCAAAUGUGACUCCUCAACAACCUGGUUACCCAAAUGUAACUCCACAGCACAUGGGCUACCCAAAUGUAACCCCACCACAACCAGGAUAUCCAAAUGUGACACCGCAAGGUUUUACAUCGGCAGUCGAGUGGAUUCACUCCACUCCAUCCAGUGCAGCCGCUCUCACAGACAAAGCAGUUGUCGCAGGGUAUGAAGGUCAUGAUGGUAGUCCUCUUUGGGUGAUCAGAGCUCGGCAUGAAGGAGACAUAAUACCUGGAAAACUAGCAAUUAAACAUCGUGCCGCUUAUGUUCCUUGGGGUGGCAAGGAAAAUUCUGUGCAAAAUUUUGAGGUGUUAUGUGCUCGCCCAGAAAAAGUGAGAUGGGUGGAGAGCAAAGAUGGUGCAGUGCCACCUAACGCUAUUGCAGCUGGUAGUACAUACUCUGGAGAAACUUUGUUUGUGGGCAGAGCUAGACAGCAGGGAUCAUUGACACCUGGCAAGGUCCAUCCCAGUCACAAAGUGAUGUACAUGUCUUUCGCUGGAAAUGAAAUACCACAUAAAAUAUAUGAAGUAUUGUGUACCGUCUAAAUUUGUAAAGGUACCUACUUAUGUUUUGUUUUUAUAUUGUAUAGAGGCACCGUUUAUACCAAUGUUAUUACUAUUUAGAUUAUAACUUAUUAGAUCUGAUAAUAUGUGCAUAUAUGGGCAUAUUAUACUUUUUGGAUAUUUAUACGUCGAAUAUUUUUUAUACGUUUUGUGUAAGGGUAAGGUAAAUAAAAUAAAUUUGAAUUUAAAAAAAGGUAUAUUUUUGUAGCGUUGUAUCUCGUUAAAUAAAUAAUUUUAAAUAUU